AGAAACGUCGACAGGCAUCCACGAACGAACGGACAAGGAGUCAAGCAGAUCCAAACGUGCAACACAAGCUCGGAUGAAGCGGCUCUUCUCGUGAGAAGAUGACCCAAGAUUCUUCUGUGGAGCAGAGUGGCUUGGCGAGUACAGCCACAAAAAUUGACAGCCCGGCGGAACCUGUGCCUUACCAAUCUCCAAGCGUGUUCGGUCCAUUUUGCACGACAGACGUGUUGACGAGACAGAUGUGCUAGUAAUACGCUGCCAAGGCAGGAUGAGGAGCGCGUAUCCUUGGGUAGGCAUCCCCUUGCUCCCCUCUACCCCUCAUGUCAUAAGAAGCUCAAAUCCCUCCCAACCCGAACUCGCGUGACACCAUUCUGCUUACCCAAAUUUUCGGAAAGAACUCAAACAUGUCCAUCGUCAAGAGACCCACCAUCAAAACCAGAAGGAUCUCCUCCUCGCCUUCACCACCCGGAAGUCCACACCCGGCUUACGACCCCAUUCGGAUGGAAGCGGUGGACCACCUGAGCAUCACCUCUGCAGUGCCUCUUUCAAUCAAGCAGGUCGACCUGGACGGUUACGACAUUGUUCCUCCAGUGCCAGCAUACCACAAUACCUUUGAAUUGCCUCGCUCCGAUUCCUACAAUUUCCAAGAACUUCAGGAUGACAUUUCAAAAGCCAUCGCAGCACAAAACAACUUCCCUCACCGUCGCAUAGAGGCAAAACGUGACUACUACUUCAAACUCUCUGCACACUACAGGCGCCAUACCGACGAGAAGCGUCAAGAUGUGCGCGUCACAUUACAAAACUGGAAUGAGCUCCGGUUACUGCUGUUGAGCAACGAUGUGCAUGUCGCUAAGCUCUGGAGUAAAAAUGGCAACUACGAGGAUCUCAUGCAUCGCUAUGCCAAAUUACCACAACGCCAGGCACCACAGCCUAUGCAUACGAAACUCGGCACUUGGAAACAUGAUCCGAGCCUCUUCUCUGUGAGAAAGAAUAUUGGAUUUCGAAGCACCUGA